CCAGCCACUCCGCUCCAACAUGGCUCCGCGGCUGUGCAGCAUCUCUGCGGUGUCGCGGCAGCUGCUGGGGGGCCCGGGACCUCGCGCCGGGGACGUUGCGGCUGCGGCUGCGGCGCGUUUCUAUUCCAAGGACAAUGAAGGCAGCUGGUUCCGUUCCCUCUUUGUCCACAAGGUGGAUCCCCGGAAGGAUGCCCAUUCCACCUUGCUAUCCAAAAAAGAGACCAGCAACCUCUACAAGAUCCAGUUUCACAAUGUGAAGCCUGAGUAUCUGGAUGCCUACAACAGCCUGACGGAGGCUGUGCUACCCAAGCUGCACCUGGAUGAGGACUACCCCUGCUCGCUUGUAGGCAACUGGAACACAUGGUAUGGGGAGCAGGACCAGGCAGUGCACCUGUGGCGAUUCUCGGGCGGUUACCCAGCCCUCAUGGACUGCAUGAACAAGCUCAAAAACAACAAGGAGUAUCUGGAGUUCCGAAAGGAGCGGAGCCAGAUGCUGCUGUCGAGGAGAAACCAGUUGCUCCUUGAGUUCAGCUUCUGGAACGAGCCACAGCCCAGAGCGGGCCCCAACAUCUAUGAGCUGAGGACGUACAAGCUAAAGCCAGGAACCAUGAUCGAGUGGGGGAACAACUGGGCUCGGGCCAUCAAGUACCGGCAGGAGAACCAGGAGGCAGUGGGUGGCUUCUUCUCACAGAUAGGGGAGCUCUACGUUGUGCACCAUCUCUGGGCCUACAAAGACUUGCAAUCUCGGGAGGAAACUCGAAACGCUGCCUGGAGGAAGAGGGGCUGGGACGAAAAUGUUUACUACACAGUCCCCCUGGUGCGACACAUGGAGUCUCGGAUUAUGAUCCCAUUGAAGAUCUCGCCUCUCCAGUGAUGCUGCCAAUACCUCCACCUCCUUCCCCUUCUCCCUCAGGGCAGCCCCAGAAGAGCUCCCAGUCUUGCUGUCUUGGUUUUCUUACAGCUCUGGGAGGACGCUGGGAGGACUCUGAGGGCUAGUGCUUAGUUCAGACGAGGAAGCUGAAGGAUGACAAGAUUCUGAGGAUUUGCAGCUGUGCCCAGACCCUUCCUGCCUUCCCUGCCCACCUCCUUCUUCCCUGCUGGAAGCAGUUUCUAAUUUCCCUGACUGAAGAAUAGCAGCCUUUUAAGUCUUCUCACAUUUUCCCCUAAGAUUCUUCAUCUCAAUGCUACCAGUCCCCAAUUAUCACCCUGGAAACCCUUGGUUUGGCUUAGUUGCACAAAAAGUAGUGUGUCUAGUCAUUAGGGUGGGGUGGGAAGGGAGGAGGUCAGACCAGGCCAGCCCUCAGGAAUUCCCUGAUCUUCACUGGGCCACCCAUGUGCUGGACAGGCUGAGCCAAGCCCCUCCUGCUGGGGAAAAUCCUGAAACUGCCAAACCACCUCAAAUCAGUAAAAUCAGGUACACAGAGAGUCUGGGAAAAGGGAUGAGAACAGGAAGGAUUUGGAGGCAGGAGACAGACAUGGAACAGGAAACUGGAAGGUAGAAUUUUGAAUUCAGAACUCUGGAAUUUGGAACACAGAAUUGGGAAGAUAGAACAGAGAUAACAGAAGACCACUUGGGGUGGGGUUCCUAGAACUGGACACAUGGAGACAGGCCCAUCCCGUUUCUCACUACAUAAUGGGAUUGAGAACUUGAAUGUCUAGUUCCAGCCUUUCUGCGCAGGGAGUCUCUCCUGUCCUCCUGCAGGCAAAAGUAUGGGCCAGAGCUUGUAUUUCCCUCACUCUGCAUUCCUUGUCCCCCACUUGACAUUCUAUCAGCCCAAACCUUAUUCUACAGGGCCACAGGGUAUGCAGAAUGAGGUCAGUGACUCUGGGGGCCUUCUCAGUGACCCUCAUACUUCAUGAACCUCUGGGUAGCUUAAUUCUGCCUCCCUUCCAGGAAAACAUAUGCUGGAGUUACUGAUGGAACCAAUUAAAUAUUUACUAUAAA